CAUGCCGAAACAAAAACCAUAAAGUGCAACAAAACAAAAUCCAACAUUCCCAAAGUACUUUCUCCAAACCCAAAAUUCCCAAUUUUCCACCAGCCAAACAAUAGAUUUCCCUAUCAAACUAUUUUAAAUUUUGUUUUUUUCCCCAUUCUACCCCCCAAAAACAUUCAAAAAGCCAACAUACACAAGCAAAAGCUAAAAAAGAAAGAAAAACGACCCGCGCGCCAUCUUUCCUCGUACAUUCGUGUGAAGCAGACAAACAAUGGCAGCUUCUUCCAAAUGCGAUCCUCCUGCUCCUCCUCCUCCUCUUCCUCCUCAAACCUUUCCCUACACCCCUCUACCUUCCGACCACCAAAACUACGUCGUUCUCCCCAUCUACUACCCCUCCAGCCGCCGCCGUCUCCGCUCCAUCUCCGCCUUCUGUCUCGUCCUCUUCGCCGCCACCGUCUUCGUCCUCUGGCCUUCCGAACCCGACCUCAAGAUCGUACGGAUGCACCUCAACAGAAUCCAUAUCCACACCACGCCUCACGUUUCCAUUGACGUCUCGAUUCUGCUGACGCUCAAGGUCCGCAACGCUGACGUGUACUCGAUGGAGUAUAGGGCUCUGGAGGUGACGGUUGGGUACCGAGGGAAGGUGCUGGGUCACGUGAGGUCCGACAACGGCCGCGUGAGGGCCAGAGGAGCGUCUUACGUGGACGCUGAGAUGGAUUUGUACGGCGUCGAGCUGUUCUCCGACGUGGUGUUUCUGCUUGAGGAUUUGGCUAAAGGUACUGUUCCUUUUACUGCUGUUACGGAGGUUCAGGGCCAGCUUGGUUUCUUGUUCUUUUACUUCCCUUUGCAGGCAAAAGUAUCAUGUGAGGUUUCGGUAAACACAGUAAACCAGACUAUUGUACGCCAAAAUUGUUACCAUGAGUGAUGAAUUUGAGUACAAUGUGCAAGAAGCUGCUGCAGAGCUAGAAGAUUAUCUGUUCCAUUGCAUGUACAUAUCACCACCCAUGUAAAAUUUGAAUCACGCAUAUUAAUCUAAUUGCUUGUUUCAUAAUAUGUAUGUGGUAAAUCGUAAUUAUGUAAUGGUGUUGUAAUUCUACUUGUUUGCUUAUAACUUUAUAACAUUGCCAGUCCAUUGUCCUGCAAAAAAAUGUUUCUAUGAUCUAAUCUAAGUGUGUCUUCCUUCA